AUACCAAAACGCUUGCUUAGAACAAUUCGCUUCUCACCACUUUCACAAACCCUAACCUAUACAUACACACCGCUUGUACGUAUCUCUCUCCUUCAAUCCGCUCCUAAACUUUAAUGGAUAUAUCGUCUCGCGUCUCAAAUUCAAUCAAUUCAGCGCUCUCUUCGACUCAAUCUCUGCGUUUUAAUCUCCUUUUUAUAGCUUUUGUUCGUCAACGCUGUUGUUUUUGCUAACGAUUUUCGUCAACGGAGCUGCCGCGAUGGGGAAACGUAGUUCUCAACGUAAGAAUGUGGCAGCGACUUUAGAUUAUUCUGAUACUGACAGUGUGAGUUCAAGUUCUACUUUGCCGUCAGAACAAUUGCUGGUGUCUGGUGUUGUGGACUUGCAGCUUGAAAAAGAUUCUAUACUUGAUCAGGCUUUAGAUGAUUUAUACGAGAAAAGGGGGUCAACAAGGGAAAAAGCGUUGGCUUCAAUAAUAGAUGCUUUCAAUAGCAAAAUACAGCAUGAAUUUGUCGAAAAGAAGUUCGCGACAUUACUACAUCAAUGUUUGAGCUCCAUUAAGAAGGGGUCUGCCAAAGAGAUAUCAUUAGCUUCCCAUGCUAUUGGACUGUUAGCACUGACCACAGGUCCCGGGGAGAGAGCCCAGGAAAUAUUGGAAGAAUCAUUUCCUCCUAUUAUAGAAGCUCUUAAAUCAAAGUCAGACGCCUCUAAGAUAUCAGCGUUGUUGGAGUGUUUGACCAUCGUGACUUUUAUUGGCGGAGAGGAGCCAGAGGAAACAGAAAAGUCAAUGCAAACCAUGUGGCAAGUGGUUCAUCCAAAACUUGGUUCUAAUGUAGUUGCUAUAAAACCUUCACCUGCUGUUAUAACGUCAGCUGUCUCUGCUUGGUCGUUUCUCCUCACAACCAUGGAUGGUUGGACGCUUAAUCCAAAAACUUGGCAAGAGUCCAUAUCUUAUCUCUCUUCUUUACUAGACAAGGAUGAUAGAUCUAUUAGGAUUGCGGCUGGUGAGGGACUUGCAUUGAUUUUUGAGAUGGGGAACUUGGAGAAAUUUUCUGUUGCAACCACUGGUCCAAGUGAUAGCUUCAAUCAUGAUGGAAACAAUGCUCGUGAAUUCACACAUAUACAAGGAUUGAGGCAAAAAAUCCUUAAUCAAGUGAAAAGCCUCUCUGUGGAGGCAGGCGGUAAAGGUUCUGCCAAGAAAGAUCUCAACAGUCAGCGUAAUACUUUUCGUGAUAUAUUAGAAUUUCUAGAGGAUGGUUUUAGUCCUGAAACAUCGAUGAAGAUUGGUGGAGAAUCCCUCAACACAACGUCGUGGUCUCAACUCAUACAGCUUAACUUUCUGAAGCAUUUUCUUGGGGGAGGAUUUGUAAAGCAAAUGCAGGAUAAUGAAGUUCUUCAUGACAUUUUUGGCUUCUCCCCAAAGAGAAAGCUUCUUUCUGGUACACAAAAGCUAUCCGGCACGGAGAAGAGGAUGUACAAGUCACCAAACUCGGUCCACAACAAGUCGAGGACUCAGUUCUUAAACAAGCAGCGGAUGUUGUCUCAGGAUCGAAAUGCCGGUCACUUUGCAGUAGCUGAUGAUGACAUCUAGAGUCUGCAAUAUUCGGUGUACAAUAGCUUUGGAGUCCGGGAGGGGCAAAUUCUUCUAGUUGCUUAAAAAAGCCAACAUUUGUACUUGCUAUGUCCAACUAAUAAUUUGUUAAUGUAGAUGGGACAUGAUUUAUUAAAUUAUUUGUUGAUGGCAAUAUGGCAUGGUUGCACUGUAAUUUACCUGUUCAAAAAAUACAUGGAUAUGUUCAUCCUUGAAGCAGUAGCAGCUUGAUUAAAAAAUUUAGACGGAUAUUGAUUUUCCGUUAUGUUAA